AGACGUGUCCUCUCUACGUGGUUCUGCGUUCUAAGUCUCUCUAUGGCUGUAUGGGUCACGUGAGAACUGGAACGCAAAGUGUCCCAUCCUUUCCUAUGUGAUAAGCCGCAUGUCAUCUGCUGGGGCUGCGGGUCCGUCACAGUGUGCCGCCGUGAUGGUAUGAGAGAGCACUGCUCGGUCCCGCACCACUCCGCCCAUCCUACUCCUAGACAGUCCUUAUGAAACACGGAAACAAGAAAUCCUACUCUGUGGGUUUGUCUCUGUCCACCCUCCAUUCCCGACUCUCGUCUCUGCCGGUGCCGUACACCACGGAGCAGAUGCUGGAGGAUCGCCAUUGGCUGUGCCGCUGCUGUCUGGCUUUGGUCCAGUUUGCUCGGCCUUUCGUUGAUCUUGUCUCUCAGAGCGCGGACAUUUCUAAGGAUCCGGAUACACAGGAGAUGCGGAAGGAGCUGCUGACGUUUUGUUUUAGUUGUUUGCGGUUCCCUCUGCUCCAGGCACAACUACAAUCAUUCCCGGAGGAUGAGGGUGAUAAUCCUUUCCAUGUAUUCGCGAAGGAGAUUAUGGGUUUCCUUGUAUCCUUGGGGGAGUCGCUACCCAGGACGUUCGUGCAGCGCGUUCACUCCGCGCAGACUACAGAGGCGGACGGAUCUGACCUCGAGAAGGAAACCACCCACACGGCAGAGUCUCUGGCCGCACUCACCUACCUCCUGUUCGUUCACCACAUUGGGAUGGACAGCUUCCCUUUUGUGUUUGGUCCAUCAUUUCUGGUGAAGUCUAAUAUGGAACACGUAGACGUGCUGCUAAAGAGAACUGAAGAGUCAAUGUUGUCCAAAGGGCUGGAUUUGCUGGAACAUACUUUACUAAGAGCGGAUGAUGGGAGUCUUCCUGAGGAUGUAUUAGAUGUCACUGCGGUCAACCAAGUGUUAAAGGAUUUGGUGAAGGUGAUGACGCUCUGUCCUAUUGAACAUCUGAGGAAAAAGAGUCUGAAGAUGUUACAAUUGGUGAUCGACAAGUUUUGCGUAGAAGGAAAAUACAAGUUAUUCAGAUGUCUCCUGAAAAUCAGCGGCCAUGCAGGGGUGGAGGGCUACAUCAUACACAACAUCAAGAACCAGAUAGACUCUGCUCUGAAGACGAACCCACAAAACCGUUGGUUCCUAGGGACCCGACUGACUCCGCUCCUGCACUCAGCACUUUCACUUUCAGAAGGGGCAGAAACCGAUCUCCUCCAGACGUCUGAUCGGAUUAUGGCCUCGCUGAACCUUCUCAGGUACUUGGUUAUUAAAGACGAUGACAAUGAAACUGGGGUCUGGUCAGAACUUGCUAAAAUUGAGCAGGAUUUUCUAAAGCCUCUGCACACAGGACUGAAUAUGUCCAGAGCCCAUUACGAAGCAGAAAUGAGAAGCACAAAUGAGAAAAAGAAAGGGCCCCAUCCAGAGAAGCCAUUGUGUACAGUCACCGCAGGGGGGAACAAGCUACCUGACAUGACUCCAGAAAUGCGGCUCCAGGUUCUGCAGUCAGCUCUAUUCACAUUCGAUUUAAUGGAAAGUGUCCUCGCCAGAGUCGAAGAGCUCGUUGAAGUGAAGCUAAAAUCUGUGCCGGAGGAGAAAACUGGGUCAAGUGAAGAUGUUUAGUGUUCACGUUUUGUAUUUAUGAGUUAGUUUUAGGAAAUAAAUAUUUUACAAGAAAUAAAACUUUAAAUUACUGGAACUUUUGGA